CACUCUUCCGCCGAGAGAAACAAAGAAACAAUUAAAGUGCAGACCGCAAGGCGGAAGGAAGUGCUUACCACAAGUGAUCCCCCACCUCCGGCGCCAAGUUGCAUGUUGGAUUGUGCCACAAACUUUUAGCCAAGUUCCCCCCCAAAUGCCCCUACACCUUCCCCUCCGUGUAAAAUGAAAGCAGACAACUUCUUCAAGUACGGCGCCCCUUUGUACCAACCGAAAAGUACCCGGAGCACCCAGAACCAACCGCAAGUCCAAGCGGGCAACAUCAACUUCGGCCAUCUGACAUCGUCCUCGCUGCUGACGAGCGACGACCUGCGGCAUCUCACCCAGCAGCGGUGCACAGGAUACUCGGACAGGGAGAGCCUCGCCAGCGUGAGCAGUGCGGGUGGCCGGAUUAAGAGGCGAUCGAGAAACUUCCCGAUGAAGUCCUCCAAGGGGGGCAUCAGCAAGAAGAGCAAGACCAUGGAUUACACCAACUAUGCCUACAAUGAGGCAGUGGGUCGCCUCAAGGUGAUGCUGGCGGAUAACUCCUAUGUGGCACCUAAGUUAGGAGGAGGAGGAGGAGGUGUGUCUUCCUAUUUGCGCAACUUCAACGAGGAUUCUGGAGACAACUUCUCCGACAACCUAUCGGUCAUUGAGCGUCCCGUCUUCUCGGACAUUUCCAAGUACUUGUCGCCCAGCCAGAAGUCGCGGAUCAGCUCGUAUCGCCCCAAGAAGAGCUAUACCUUGGGGUAUCUCUCGGCUUCCAAGGAGAACCUGGCUUCCACUCCGGCUCUCUACCCGAGCUCCUCGAUUCCUCCAGCUGCUCCUCUUCCCGCCGACAGUGUUCCGGCUCCCGUGGAGAUCUUUAGCUUUAUCGAGAAGCAGGAGGACUACAUUGAGCAGCUGGAAAAGGAGUCCAAAUACUGUCGCAAUGAGUUGACUAAUCUCUUGGGUAAAGUCAAGGAUGUGAUCAAUGAGAACGAACAGCUGACGGAGAAUGCUCGAUCGGAGUUGGUGGCUCUGGGUUCUGGGAAGUCGCAGCCACCUAUUACCACUACAAGUCCGUCCUCGGACAGCGAUGAGCAUCUGAUGUUCGCCAGUGGACGUAAGACCCCUUCGACUCCGAGAAAAAGUACUUGUAAGGCACAGGUUCAGAGUCCUCGCUAUGCGAGUGCUCCAAAUAUUGUCUACGAGGCCAGGAUUAGCGAACUGGAAGCCGAGCUGAUGCAGGCCAGCAUUGAUUUAAGGCGUCUGAGGACCGAAAACGAGGAGCUUAAGCGGAAACUGGCCCACACCGAUCCUCUAACUACAGUGGCCACUCUAACUGGAGGAACUAAUUGCGAGUUGCAUCGCAAGCAGCUGGAAAACCUGCAGCAGGAUAAGCUGACUCUGGAGGAGAGUGUUCGCCACCUGCAGAGACUCCUGGAUGAGGCCAAGGCCCAGGGACAGGGAAGUGCCUCCUCCAAGCGCUACAUCAGCGAUCUGGUGCAAAUGGAGCGCUCCCAGGCGGAGCUGGAGGUGCGUCACCUCCGCGAUGAACUGGAUCGCCAGCACGAGCGGGUCCGGGAGCUGCAGCACGAGAUGGCCAGGCGGUUGGCCGAGGAGCGGGCCAGUGCCGAGAGGAGGUACAACAGCCAGGUGGAUCAGUUGGGCGGCGAUCUCAGCUGCCAGUGGGAGCAGGUGGCCAAGCUGCAGUUGGAUCUGGAGCGUCAGAAGCGCUAUGAAACCGAUCUCAAGCGGGAUGUGGCCAGUCGCAAUUCGCAGAUUGAAGAGCUGAAAAUGGAACUGAGAGCCAAUAGGACCACCUUCCUGGCGGACAUGGCACAGGUGAAUGCCGAGAAGCAAUCCCUGGAGCAGGACAUCACCUCGCUGCGCCUGCAGUUGGACCGGGCUGCCAGGGAGACCAAGACGGAGGCGGCUCGUCUCAACGCCGAGAUCAACUCGCUGAGGCAGCGCCUGGACCGCGGUGAUGCCGAUCUCCUGCACUCCAAAAGGGAGGUCCUGCGGCUCAACGAUGAGAUAGCCAAUCUGGAGAAGGAGCUUGCUUAUGGGGAGCUAAAGAACGAGAUACGACCCACCAAGAAAGAUCUGGACAAGCGGAUCUCGGAGAUGCAGGAUAAGCAUGCGGGAACGGUAAAUGAGCUUGAGGAAAUGAUAACAUCUCAGAAGCAACUCAUGGAUAAACUGACGAACGAGUGCAAGACCUUAACGGGCAAAUUAGAGGAUACGACCUACAAGCACAAUCUGGAGAAGCAGCAGUUACGAGCCACAAACGAGCAGCUGAUGUCUCGCCUCCUUCAAAUCUGGGGCAAAUACAAAUCACAACUGCCUGUGCACAAGGGAUCCCCGGAGCUGAGCUCCGAGGAGUUGCGAGAGGAGCACCCCAUAGAAUCCUCGAUGCCGCUUACGACUACCAGGCAGCGACAUAUGGCACCCCAAUCGAACCCAUACAAAGCACCCCACAACCACACAACAGCGCCGGCGAUGAAGACUAUACGAGCGGAGGUCUUGGCCUGGCCGAUGGAGCAAGUGCAUCCGCCUCGGCAGCAGCCACCACAGCAGCCAGCAUUGCAGCAGGAGCAGCUGCAGCCGCAGCAGCAGCAGCAGCAGCAGCAGCAGGAUCAGCUGUCUCAGGUCGCAAGAGCAGCAUCGCCGACUAUGGACUCCAGGAUAACGAUGACGAGAAUCUCAAGGACAACCUUGGCCUGGGCGAGAAGCAGCAGCAGCAGCAGCAGGAUCUCGACAGGCAAAGGGAGCGGGAGGAGCGUGACCGGGAGCUCCAGCAACUCCGCGAGCAGCGGGAGAAACGCGAAAGGGAACGUGAGCGGGAGCGGGAACGGGAACAGGCCGAGCAACUGCAGCAGCAGCAGCAGGCGGAGCAGCAGCAACAGCCACAACAGCAACAGCAGCAACCAUCGCUGGCCGAGAGCAACAUCGCCAACGCAGGAAGCGCCAACCUGGCCGCCUACAACACCGAUUACAGUGCCUACGAUCAGCAGCAGUACGAUGCAGGAGCCUAUGACCCCAGUGCCUAUGGCCAGCAGCAGUACGAGGGUCAGCAGUACGACUACGGGGAUUCGGGAGCAGGCUACGACUAUGGAGCCACUGACUAUGGACAGUCUGGAUACCAGUAUGACGCCACGCCAGGAGGCACCGCAGCCAGCAGUCAGCCACAGCCACAGUCCCAGUCCCAAUAUCAAACACCAGCUGCCCCCCAGCGAGUGGCCACGGACUACAACAGAUCGCCACCGCCGUUGGCAGCGGCCACAGCGGGCAUCACAUCUCCGCCAGCAACGGGCGGAGGAGCAGCAACUGGUGGAGCUGGAGCAACAGGAUCCCCCGGAGCAGCAGGACCAGCUGGAACACCCUUAUCCGCAACGGGCCGACCACAAUCGCGCCCGGGCAGUGGAGCUGUGGGGUCAGCAGCUUCUGCUGGAGCAGUCAGCGGCGGAAAAUCCAAUCUGCCACAACAGCCUGCCGCGUCAGCCGCCGGCAAGAAGUAGCUGGAGUCCCGAAUGCGAGGAUCGCCUGACGCUGGAGUGCUCCAUCAGUAGUCCCAGCCUGAUGCGCUCCUCCAACGAUGAGACCUGCUCGGAGCUGGCCGAUCUCAGCGAGACCUUCUUGGUGCUGGGGGAAGCUUCCCAGGAGGAUGAUAGCCUAUCCCCUGCCCACACCACCAUCAUCACGGCCAGGAGAUCAAGUGCUCCGGCCGUCGUCCAGCAGAGGGACAUUGCCAACGAGACAGUCACCAUCGAGCGCCAUCUAGAAGCACCCAGUUCUCCAGCAACAGUUUCUUCAGUCAACCUACGUACUUCUACUCAUGUGUUCCAGAAAUAAUCAACCAAAGG